AUGAGUCCGAGAUCCUUGCAUAGAAAGAACAGCCGGCUUUGCGAGCAUAGCACCGACUACAUUGCAGAGAAAUGGGAAGAAACGCGGGAAAUAAGUGAUGAAGGCUGCAUCUUGGUUUGCGUUCGCGUCGUGAUUGUCGUGAAAAGACAAAGCGAAGAAAAGCAGGAGCAGAGGGCCUUGCCUCGGCGACGAUCAGUGCCUGGAGUACCCCUCAGUACCGGAGAACAGAGCUCGGUUGGCGCCAGGACCAAGAGGAUGACCUUGGUGCGCAUCGCUAGGAUCUCGGUGGUCCUCGUGGUGUCACUGCUGCUGCUGCUGCUGCUCAUCGUGGAUGGAUCGUGGGCGCAAGCUUACCCACGCGAGAUCAAGCCAGGAUGUAGAUACGAGGGUCGCCGAUAUCAGGAAGGAACGGCUGUGAGUACGUCCGAGCCCUGCUUGCAGUGCUGGUGCACCGAAGGUGCAUUGAGAUGCCGGCUCCGAGUGUGCCCGCGAUUGCCGAAUCCACCACCGUCCGGCUGUCAUGUUCGUUCACCGGCCGAGAACGUAUGUUGCGCCGAGAUGGUGUGCGGCGAAUCACGCGACGUCGAGAAUAUGUUGCGGAGAGCCAGUGUACAAACGAACAUAGAAGCUGAGGAUGAAGAGAAGCAUGCUCAGAACUCACGUACAGAAGGAUGUCUGCACGAUGGAAUUCAAUAUGGCUCAGGGUCGGCGAUGAUGGGUUCUCGCCGGUGCGAGUACUGCUACUGCAUAUCCGGUACAAGGAGAUGCCUCCGACCCAAGUGCCUGCUGCCUCUACCGGGAUGCACUCCGCUGUAUGUCGCCUAUAACUGCACUCACCACCAUCCGUCCACAAUGGCGCCGGUAUCGGGAAACGGUGAGUUCAAAUUGUUGUCAUUUACGAGCUAGUCCGCUUAACUGAAUUCGAGGAAGCGGAUGCCACCAGUUGAGAAAUUUCCCGGAAACUCGAUAGCGCGAUCGAAAGCUUCGUGCUGUUACGCAGAGGUGUUUAGCCCUUAACUUUAAA